UACUCCAUAAAUCCUCUCUUUCUCUUUCUCUGUCUCGUUCUUCUUCUUCUACACACAUACAUAUAAACAUAGAAACAUAUAUAUAUAUAUAUAUCACCGAUUCAACGAGAGGUUUCUCAAAUUCAUCAUCCGAUAUUUCGAAGAUUCGAAUACGAGAGUAAAAGGUGUGCAGACUCAUGGGUUCCUCAGCAGAAGAAAGUUUAGCAGCAGUCCAGGAUAUUAUGCUGGAAUUUCGUGCUGGCAAAAUGUUUCUUGAAGGAAAACGUGUGGUCCCUGAUACACGCAAAGGACUGGUUCGCAUAGCAAGGGGUGAGGAGGGAUUGGUUCAUUUUCAGUGGCUUGAUCGAACUCGGAAUGUCGUUGAAGAUGAUCAGAUUGUUUUCCCCGAUGAAGCAGUAUUUGAGAAGGUUAAUCAAGCAUCUGGAAGAGUUUAUAUUUUGAAGUUCAAUACCGAUGACAGGAAGUUCUUCCUUUGGAUGCAGGAGCCAAGCGCUGAUAGUGAUUCACAAAUAUGUAGCUCAGUCAACUACUACAUCAAUCGGCCAUUAGAAUUUCUUGGUGAAGAAGGGACAGAAGCGUCAGUUCCUACACAAAUUUCUGAAGAGAUGGUUGAAGAAGAUGUCUCAUCAAGGGCUGGAAAUUUGGUUGUGCCAAGCUCUGGUGCUGAAGUAAUUAGUGAUGUAACCUCUUCAGGACCUGUAAAAUUGUCAGACUUGCAAAGAAUUUUAAGUAACAUUGGAUCUGCUGAUGAUGCUGGAGAUCCAGAUGGAGGCUUAGGAUUGGGGGACAUUUUGAAGCCUGAUUUAAUACUGCCAUUUAUUGAGACACUAUCACUGAAACAAAGGCUGGAGUCAUACUUACCUGAGGGUCAAUGGACACCGGAGGAGUUUAUAGAGUUACUGCAGAGCCCUCCUUUCCGUCAACAAGUAGAUUCAUUUACUUAUGUUCUGCGAACGGGACAGAUAGAUCUGACUCAGUUUGGAAUUGACCCAAGUAAAUACAAGUUUACUGUUCUCUCAUUUCUUGAGGCACUCGAAGAUUCUGUUUCGAAAGAGUCAGAGGAGUCUAGACAUGAUGACAAGGAUUUGAGACAAGAAGCUUGUAAUCGUAACGACCCCAUGGAUGAGGGCCAAUAGUGAAAGAGUCAGUCAGCUUGAUUCAUAUCCUUCUUGUUUAUUCCUUGUGCUCCUUGCUUGUUAUAGAAGGAAAUCUUGAUUGCUUAUUUGUACUUCUCAUACAUCAGUGGUUAGGAAAAUGGAGAAAAGAAGCAAAAAGUUUGGAAGUGCCAACUUUUAUAAAAAAUUCUCACUUGUCUGUACAACGAAUUAAUAAAUUUUAGUUGGUAAUUUACAUUUAGUGGGAUGACAAUGCUACAAUGAAACCAGUCAAUUGGAUAAACAGUUUUAAAUGUGUAGCUAAUCUGUUUGAUUUUGAGCUUA